UGCUCAGCGUCACAGCAGCAUCGAACGUACAUGGAGAAGGUAAACAAGCUGAAAAAUCCUUCAGUGAUAGCGGACAAUUUGAUCAAUUGAUGGUGUGUUUUAUACGUAGCAUGCUGUUAGCGGCACUUAUGCUCGGCUGUUGGAGUCAGGACGUCGCCUGGAGGAUUAUAACGUCGUGACAUUCUGCAAUGGAGAAAGCAAGACGAGUUGACUGGUUUAAAUGGGACAUUUCUUGGCAACAUUAGCGCUGGCCGAUCUGUUGCGAUGGGACCCAUUCUUCAAGAACGGACAACAUCCACGAUCCUGAAGAGGGUACCAGUUAAAGAGAAGGUUAAAGAAAAUACUGCGAUCGUGACCAGCAACAAUAAAACAGGAGGCAAAGUCAUUCAGAACCAGAAGAAAACAAGCUCGUUGCAUAAGAAUGUCAUUUCAGGGCAGGAGAAGGAGCCUGUACCCAGAGCUGAAAUUAAUGGCCAACACAGGAACCGAACAGCGCACAUCAAGAGUCCAAACACCGGCACAUACAAGAUGCUACACACACAAUUUGAAGCUGAUAUAAGGCAUCCAAGGUCCAAGCCAUCUCCAUCAGAAUGUGAAGAGAAGAGGCAGAAAGUGCUGCACCAGUCCCCAUGCUGCAUUGGGGUUGAGCAGAACUAUGCAGCCCGAGAAAAGAGCCGGCGUGCUCUGUCACUUCCGCUGGCUCCUCAUCAGAUCCGCUUGCCUGUAAAUGUCCGAGACCUUGAGUCCCUGCGCCUCCUGGACCACAAAGAGGAUGACACAGACAGUGCCAGUGACCUGUCCGAUUCAGAGAGGCUCCCUGUGCUGCCUUCUCCCUGCACCCCUCCUCAGCUCAAUCUCAGAGCAGAAAUUGUUGACUCAGUGGACCUGCAUCCACAUAUCCCAGGACCCGGGACAGUGCAGACAAAAAGUGAUAGCUACAAUUAUCCUGAUUUCCUACCUCCGCCUUUUAACACCUGGAGCUUGAGGCAACUUGCCAUCUUCUUGAACACGGAAGGGAAACGCGCACCACGUCCCAAACCAGUUGGCCAGCUGGAGAUGUUUCUGGAACGUCUGCUGCAGCUAGAGUGGCACCAGAUCCAGACCAUUCAGAAUGAGAACAGCCAACCCACGGCAGCCAACGUACGUUCUAGAGGUCGUGCCCCUAACGGUCCACAAAUAGCCAGCCUUUCUCGGCCUCACACAGCCCCUCCUACUCGCCUCAGCUCACCUAAAAGUAUGCGUCAGGGUCAGCGCCCUUUCCCUUUAACUCUUCUCUCAUCCCUAGGAAGCCCAUCAUCAUGCCAGCUCUCUCGCUGCCUCUGCUGCCACGUACGCUACCCAUUGUGCAAUGGCAGCUGUUCUUCAUAUACCUAUCAGCGCCAUUCCCGCCUAAGCCCACUGCUGGAGCGCAAAACUUCACCAAGCAUCACACACAAAAGAAGCAGUAGCGAAAGUAGGGCUUCAGCCUCGGACAACAAAGCCAUGGCUAGACCUCACUAUCCUGUAAGCCCAAAAAGCCCAAAAAAACAAAUGGAGGUCGCUGGAAGUCUGCAAAAAGUUCCUCAGGAGCUGAGUAUGAAGAGUAAAAGACAACCUUCAGCCUGGAAAGGGCACAGUGGGAAGGCUGCUGAAGCAGAGAGUCACAAAGAUCCACCUGUGGGAGCGAGAAGCGCACUUGACAAGCGAGUCGCUGCUGCUAAUAAACGAGACUUCCAUCUUUCAGGAAAGAGGGAACAAAAAGAAGGGCAGCAGACAGAGCUUGUGGGAAGUGGCGCAAUGGCUGGGGUUAAAAGAAUGGUCAGAGAUCAUAAUAGCGUUAAAGGGAGCAGGGCAGAUAGAAAGCUAAAAAAUGCUCACUUAUCCAAGUAAAACAAUUACACCAGUCAUACAGUAAUCAUCAAAAACUUGCUUAGCGACCCGAGUGCACAAUAUGUGUCACAAUAAAUAUCUGCAAAGUAAUAUUUUGCACUGCAUUGUAUUUACUACUCUUACUUUAGUAGAUUUUUUUCAAUAACAGCUGGUUUAAGUUCUGAAAGAUGUAAAACUUCGGUUUUAUUAGUUUAUCAUUUAUUUUGCAAUUGAGGGUUAUUUAUGUGAAGAGUAAUCAUUUAUUUGGAUAUACCGUACGUCCCAUAAAAAGACAAUUACUACUACAACUAAGUUAUAUUUAAGGCCUAUACAUUAGAAAGAUUAGUGAACAUUAGUGUUGUUGGAGUGGUUUUUGCUGUCCUGUUGCCAGCAUCUUAAACUUUGUUUAGACCCAAUACAGUACUGAUAUACAUUAAAGAAUGUAUAUUUUUGACACAAAUAAUGAAUGUUUUGUAGUGGAUAUACGUAUUUUUGUAUAUAAGGGCUUUUCUCCGUUGAACUUAGGCAAUCAUUUUUGCAGUUUUGUCCAUAUUUGUUUUAUUUAUUGCCCUUGUUAAACACCAUAUACUGAAUAUUGCUUAAUCUUGUAUAUUUUGGACACUCUAUAUUCUCUAUUUUGAGCAAUAUCUUGUAUUACCUAGCUAUAGUUUUCUUAUCAUGUUGUGGUAUGUUAUGGAGCUGUAAUCUUCAGUUUACUGUGUGUUGUUAGGUAAAAUCAUAAAAUGUAUUUUUAGGAGCAUGUGUUUUAUUUAAGUAUCCUUGUCUCUAUUUUUCCCUCAUUUUAUUUCUUGGGAAAAGUGCAUACAGUUGUCCAUUGUCUUUUGGUGCUGCAUGUGUUUCACUUUAUUGGAAAAGUAAUGUUAGUGACUGAACUGUUCUUAAGACCUUACUUGAAUAAUGUUGGAUGGUGCUUGAUUGAGAUAGUAGGCCUACUUGCUACUGUAUUUCUGCACUUAACUUUUUAGUAUUUUAAGUUUAAUAUUUGUGUGUCCAAGGCAUUCAACUGGGAAAAACAUGUUCAUGGACCCCAUUGCUCUUUUGUCUUGCUAAAUGCACUAUUUGAUGAGAAAUGUCAUAAAAUGAUUCAUGACCUCA